AUGUCAUCAUCUGCAGAACAUGGGAUCAUCCAGUCAAGGUGGCAGGCCGUCCGAAGGGGGGAGGAGGGUGUUAGGUCUGAGUCGAGGGUAGAUCUAAAUCAUAUUCGGAAUAUUUUGACACGACGACAUCGUUCUCUUGCUGAAGACAUCGAGGCAUUCCGAGUUGACGUGCUGCACGGCGUUGCCAAGGCGGCCAGUUUGGAAGCUGAGGCCCGUUACUGUGGCGUCUCUUGGCCCACAUUUGCUGACCCCACUUCCUUUACGAGUGAAAGUAGGUGUGAUAAAGUGAUUUAA